CGGUUUUCACGCAGGAGCCCAGUGAUGAAUCAGCAGAUAUUGGCUCAAACAUCACACUGCCGUGCUAUGUUCAGGGUUACCCAGAACCAAAGGUUAAAUGGAGACGGCUAAAUGGUGCUUCCCUUUUCUCAAGACCAUUCGCAGUUAGUUCCAUCAGUCAACUCAAAACAGGAGCUCUAUCUAUUAACAGUUUGUGGGUCAGUGAUGAAGGAACUUAUAUCUGUGAAGCUGAGAACCAGUUUGGAAGGAUUCAGUCACGCCCAGCCAUGAUCACAGUAACUGGACUGGUUACACCUCUGAUUGGAGUAAGUCCUGCCACAGCCAAUGUAAUUGAGGGGCAGCAGCUCACUUUGCCAUGUGUACUGCUUGCUGGAAACCCUAUUCCAGACCGGAGGUGGAUUAAAAACAGUAUGGUGCUGGUUCCCAAUCCCUACAUUAAUGUUCGCAGUGAUGGAAGCCUGCACCUUGAAAGAGUUCGGCUGCAGGAUGGCGGUGAUUAUACCUGCAUGGCAAGUAAUGUUGCUGGGACAAGCAACAAAACUACUACUGUUAAUGUGUAUGUUCUGCCUGUUAUUCAACAUGGACAGCAGAUAUUUAGUACCAUUGAAGGAAUCCCAGUAACGUUACCGUGCAAAGCAAGUGGAGUUCCUAAGCCAUCUAUUGUCUGGUCCAAGAAAGGAGAAGUAAUUCUUUCCAGCAAUGUGAAAUUUUCUGCAGGGUCUGAUGGAAGUCUGUAUGUAGUUUCACCAGGGGGUGAAGAGACGGGGGAAUAUUUGUGCACUGCAACCAAUGCUGCUGGUUAUGCUACACGGAAAGUCCAGCUGACUGUCUAUGUGAAACCUAGAGUAUCAAGGCCUGGAGACCAGCAAGGAAAUGCAUAUGAUAAACCCAUAGAGAUCUCGGUAAUUGCAGGGGAAGAUGUCACACUCCCAUGUGAAGUAAAGAGCUUGCCACCCCCCAUAAUUACAUGGGCCAAGGAAAUGCAGCUCAUAUCUCCAUUCUCUCCAAGACACACUUUCCUACCCUCAGGGUCAAUGAAGAUCAGUGAGACACAAGUUUCAGACAGUGGAAUGUAUAUCUGUGUAGCCACAAAUAUUGCUGGGAAUGUGACUCAGUCAGUGAAGCUAAGCGUACAUGUUCCUCCAAAGAUACAGCGUGGGCCUCGAGUUUUGAAAGUCCAAGCUGGCCACAGAGUUGACAUACCCUGCAGCGCCCAGGGGAUCCCUCCCCCAACAAUCACUUGGUUCAAAAGCAGAAGUGCUGUGCCGAUAAAUGGUGGGCAGUUUAUCCACAGCCUGGAUGGAGCUCUAAGCAUCAGCAACAUCCAGCUUCCCGAUGCUGGAACCUACAAGUGUGUCGCUAGUAACGUAGCAGGCAGUGACAUGUCAGAGAUAACGGUACAAGUUCAAGAGUCUCCUACUAUCGAUGAUCUGGACCCUGCAUACAAUAGUCCCUUUCAAGAAAGAGUGGCAAAUCAACGCAUUGCAUUCCCAUGUGCAGCAAAAGGUGUUCCAAAGCCUGUCAUCAAAUGGCUACGUAAUGGAAGAGAGCUAACAGGCAGUGAACCAGGGAUUUCAAUUCUGGAUGAUGGGACACUGCUGAUCAUAGCUUCUGUUACACCUUCUGAUAAUGGAGAGUAUAUCUGUGUGGCAACCAACGAAGCUGGAAGCACAGAAAGAAAAUACAAUCUGAAAGUUCACGUUCCUCCUGAAAUUAGAGAUCAAGAAAAGGUGACAAAUACAUCUGUCGUUGUUCAUCACCCUGUAAGUCUCUUCUGUGAAGUAUCUGGUAACCCCUUUCCAAUCAUCUCCUGGUAUAAAGAUGAUAUCCAGGUUGUGGAAAGCAGUACUCUCCAGAUUUUGCACAAUGGGAAGAUACUGAAGCUCCUUAAAGCUGCUACUGAUGAUGCUGGACAAUAUUCAUGCAAAGCCACAAAUGUAGCAGGAAGUUCUGAGAAGCUGUUUAACCUAGAUAUACUAGUUCCACCAACUAUAAUGGGUGCUGAUACCCCUGGUGAAAUUGCAGUCAUCCUCAAUCAGGAAAUCAGUCUGGAAUGUAGAGCCAAAGGCUUCCCUUUUCCUGACAUUCACUGGUUCAAAGAUGGCAAGCCCUUGUUUUUGGGUGAUCCCAAUGUUGAGCUUCUGGACAAAGAUCAAGUUCUACACAUAAAGAGUGCUCGAAGGAUUGACAAAGGUCGUUAUCAGUGCAGCGCCACCAACGCUGCUGGCAAACAAGUUAAGGAGGUCAGGCUGAUCAUCCAUGUCCCUCCUAGUAUUAAAGGAGGGAAUAUUACCACAGAGUUGUCAGCACUUCUUCACAAUCUUAUACAUUUGGAAUGCGAAACCAAGGGAAUCCCUGUUCCUACAAUUACAUGGUACAAAGAUGGACGCCCAAUUAUUUCCAGCCCCCAAGCUCUGUAUGUGGAUAGAGGGCAAUUCCUGCAGAUACCUCAGGCCCAAGUAUCAGAUUCUGCAAAGUACACUUGCCGUGUGACCAAUGCUGCUGGAGCUGCUGAAAAAAUAUAUGACGUGGAUGUCUAUGUUCCUCCAGUAAUUGAGGGCAACGCUGACACAGCCCAGAACAGGCAGGUGGUUGCUGGCAAUUCACUGAUGUUAGAGUGUAAAGCUGCUGGCAACCCUCCGCCCCUCCUGACCUGGUUAAAAGAUGGUGUGCCUGUGAAAGCAAGCGACAAUCUCCGCAUUGUAUCUGGAGGGAAGAAGCUGGAGAUUCUGAACGCUGUUGAGGCUGAUCGGGGCCAGUAUUUGUGUGUGGCCACAAGCAUAGCUGGAGAACAACAAAUCAAAUAUGAAGUUGAAAUCUUAGUCCCACCAUUUGUGGAAGCUGGGGGUGAGCUCUUGGACUACAUUGUGAUUCUCCAUAGCCCUUUGGAGUUGGAUUGUUCAGCAACAGGCACACCCUCACCAACUAUCACGUGGUUGAAAGAUGGUCAACCGGUUGAAGAGGGAGCUGGACAUAAGUUCUUAUUAAAUGGACAAAAACUUCUCAUCUCUCGAGCUCAAGUGUCAGACACUGGCCGCUAUAAAUGUGUGGCUGCAAAUAAGGCAGGACAACAUGAAAGGGAAUUUGAUGUUACUGUGCAUGUUCCUCCAACCAUCAAAUCAGCUGGGACUUCCGAGAGAGCUGUUGUGAUAUACAAGCCUGUGAUGCUGCAGUGCAUAGCCAAUGGUAUUCCCAGCCCUUCCAUAACUUGGUUAAAAGAUGGUCAACCAGUAAACACAGCCAGAGGAAAUAUAAGACUGGAGUCUUCAGGCCGUAUUCUGCAAGUUGUCAAGGCCCUGCUUGAAGAUGCUGGCCGAUACACUUGUGUGGCAACAAAUGCUGCAGGAGAAGCCCAACAGCACGUUCGGCUUCAUGUGCAUGAACCACCCAGUCUGGAAGAUGCAGGGAAAAUGUUAAAUGAAACAGUGGUGGUGAAUAAUCCAAUCCAUCUUGAAUGCAGAGCGUCUGGGAACCCUCUGCCAGCUAUCACAUGGUACAAAGACAAUCAUCCACUUACCAGUGCUGCAAGUGCUGCUUUUCUGAACAGAGGGCAAGUUCUGCAGAUUGAGGGUGCUCAGAUCUCCGACACUGGCAUUUACAAGUGUGUGGCUGUCAACACAGCGGGCACAGCUGAGUUGUUUUACAGUCUUCAGGUUCAUGUCCCACCAUCAAUCUCUGGCAGCAGUGACAUGGUGACAGUCGUGGUUAAUAAUCUGGUGCGACUGGAGUGUGAAGCAAGAGGCAUCCCUGCGCCUAUUCUGACGUGGCUAAAAGAUGGUAGCCCUGUUUACAGUUUUAGCGAUGGACUCCAGGUUCUGUCUGGAGGCCGAGUCUUGGCAUUGACUAGUGCUCAGAUCAGUGACACAGGAAAAUACACUUGUGUUGCAGUGAAUGCUGCGGGCGAAAGCCAGAGAGAUACUGAUCUCAGAGUUUAUGUUCCACCAAACAUCAUGGGGGAGGAACAAAACGUCUCUGUGCUCAUGAGCCAAGCAGUGGAGCUGCUCUGCAAGAGCAAUGCUAUUCCCCCACCUGUGCUGACAUGGCUCAAAGAUGGUCGACCCUUGCUGAAAAAGCCAGGUCUUAGCAUCUCUGAAGAUGGAAGCGUACUGAAGAUUGAAGGAGCUCAAGUACAGGACACUGGCCGUUACACUUGUGAAGCGACAAAUGUUGCUGGGAAAACUGAAAAGAACUAUAAUGUCAAUAUUUGGGUAUCACCAAGUAUUUAUGGAUCAGAUGACAUCUCUCAUCUGACAGUAAUUGAAGGGAGCUUGAUAAGCCUGAUAUGUGAGUCUAGUGGCAUCCCACCAGCCAGUCUUACCUGGAAAAAGAAUGGCUCUCCACUGGUGGCUGACCUUUCCGGAAGGGUGCGGAUAUUAUCUGGAGGCAGACAGCUACAGAUUUCAAUUGCUGAAAAGUCUGAUGCUGCAUCUUACACUUGUAUUGCUUCAAAUGUAGCUGGAAGUGCAAAGAAAGAAUACAGUUUGCAAGUAUAUG